AUGUUGGCACGCACCUAUGGCAAACACAAUAAGAAGUUCUUGUACAAAGAUGGCAAGAAAUACGAGGGUAUUAUAUACUAUCCCAGAACGCCCGACCAUCAAGAUCCGCCCGUAGAACCCGCCAAGCUGUUUCGAGUGCAGCGUAUUAAACCCGUCAAAGGUAAUCCAUUCUGGGAGAAACGCAUACUCAAGGAUCUGGGCCUGCAUGGCAAACAGAGCGACUUUGCCGUCGUCAAAAACAUACCCGAAAACAAUGCACGUCUGUGGAAAAUAAAGCAUCUAAUUAAAGUAACGCCUGUCACGUUUCCCUAUGGCGAGCCCACGGCGAAUGAUAUCAAGCACACUAUACUCAAGGAGAACGGCGAGUGCCUGGUGACAAAGGACAUUGGACCUAUGGAAAUGCGCGACGCCGCACGCGAUGCAUUUGACCAGCAGGCCAAGCGCAUGGACACCGAACUACUGCGAAAGGACUCGCGACUUAAGUGGCUGAAUCCAUGGUAAAACUAGCAUUCAUUUAAAUUUUAUUGUAUAAAAACAUAU